AUGGAGAGAGAUGCUGAAAACGAGGCAAAGGACGAAUUGAAGAAGACGAUGGAAAAUGAUUGGAGGCUCAAAAAGCCGCUCUGGAAGCCCAAGUCCGAGAAUCGCAGGCUUUCAUGGUGCAGUCCCAACAUCUUGCUCAACAACUGCCCAAAAGCCAAGGUUCAUCAACCUCCAGCCAAACCAAUAAAAGCGGCAAAAGAAAAUGCCAAAGAAGAGGAGACCCUCUGGAUGUGA